CAGAUCAGGGGCGCAUCACCACUUACACAGACACCCUCUCUAACACUCUGUGUGAGGUUAUCUGGCUCCGUCAUUCAAAAGAGCGAGCAGACGAAAUCCUGGAUUUCACUGAUGCCGGCAGGACAUUUUUCUGAACUGAUUUAUGUGCCGAUGAAACACAUGUGGAGCGCAAAGGGAGAGGCUGAAGUCAUUACAAGUUUUCAGCAAUAUAGGACUCUGCGACUGAAAAAGGAAUCGCAAGCUGGAAAUCAGCGGUGAAGGUCAGUAGACAGUCUUGGGAUCGCAUUGAAGGAGAGUAGAGGGUGUGUUCCGGGCUCCGCCUCUCCCACAACAGAUAGAGGACACAUACACGCGUUGAAGGAACCGGGAGCAGUCAAAUCGCCGGGCAAAAAGCAGCCAGAGAUCAAAGUACUGAUGUCUCACACCUAACGUUACAGGGAGAGAACGGCGCUGAUGUGGUGUGUGCCCGGCAAAAGGCGGUGAAGCCGGUGACAGCCUCCAACUGUGAGCUUCUGACCCUUUUAUCCAGAGAGGUUAAUUGGGAGGAAAAGAGUUGAAAUUUCUGUGGUUCAUCCAUCCCUUGGGCUGGAAAAGGUCAGUCAAACUGAAAUCUGAGUGUUUAAAAAAAAAUUUGCAGCUGCUUUCUCUUCUCUUCCCCUGUCAAGCCCUUCGCCCUGAGGUUUUCACCGGGGCCGCCAGGUUUGAAAGGACCGCUCUUGCGAUUUACUGACACAGACUUCGGAAAGACUGGAAACAAAGUGACAAUGUCGCGGAUCAGUUGUGUUCCCCGUUUAUCUCCGGAUCCCAGUGGACGUCGGUUCACCUUCAGUCUCCGCAGGCUCGUCCUGCAGAUUCUCUCUGUCUGCCUGCUCGGGGACCGGGCGGCGAUCGCGUGGAGACCAUCGCAGACCAGGCUCCGGCUCACCUUCCCAGAGCUGAUGUUACAUAAAAGGAUCAUCCCCCUGAGCUUCAGUGCCUCAAACUUGCAUUCCAUUAUUCUGGACGAGGACAACCGAAGACUGUACGCAGCGGCAAAGGACUAUCUUCUGACCUGUAACCUGGACAACAUCUCAGAGAGAGUGAAGAAGUUACACUGGCCAGCUACGGGUGAGCGAAUAGACGAAUGCAAGAUGGCUGGCAAGGACCCUCAUCUGGACUGUGCUAACUUCUUGAGGAUUCUCCACUUCUACAACCAAACUCAUCUCUAUGUCUGUGGGACCGGAGCUUUCCAUCCACGCUGCGCAUUCAUCGACACUUCCAUAUUCAACAGAGAUGAGCUGCUAACGCUGAACCACGAGCAGACAGAAUGUGGCAAGGGGAAGUGUCCAUAUGACCCUCAGCAGCGAAUCGCCUCAGCAAUGAUUGGGGGAGAGUUGUAUGCUGGGAUCUCCUCUGAUUUCAUGAGUCGGGACACGGCUUUCUUCCGGAGCCUGGGGCAUCGCCGUGUGAUCCGCACUGAGCAGUACGAUCCUACAUGGCUCCAGGAUCCCAAGUUUGUGAAGGUCCAUGCCAUCGCCGAGAGCAACAACGAAGAGGAUGACAAAGUGUAUUUAUUUUUCACCGAGCGUGCUCAGGAGGUGGACGGUGGCAACGGGAAGGUGGUCUACUCACGAGUGGCUCGGGUUUGCAAGAAUGACAUCGGUGGUCAACGCAGUCUGGUUAACAAAUGGAGUACCUUCCUAAAGGCAAGGCUUAUCUGCUCCAUUCCAAGUUCUGAGGGAAUUCAAACUCACUUUGAUGAACUACAGGAUGUCUUUAUUCUUCAUGGGAAAGAUAAAAAGAAUCCAUUGAUCUAUGGAGUUUUCACAACAUCCAGCAAUAUUCUCAAUGGGUCAGCUGUCUGUGUUUACAAGAUGGCCGACAUUAUAAUGGCCUUCAAAGGGGAAUUUGCGCACAAAGAGGGUCCUGACUACAAGUGGAUGACAUAUCCAGGACGCGUGCCUUAUCCUCGCCCUGGGACGUGCCCCAGCACCACGUAUGGGAGCUACAGAUCAACCCGUGAAUAUCCAGAUGAGGCAAUCUUCUUCAUCCGCACCCACCCACUCAUGCACGAUGCCGUCUAUCCGGUGAACCAUCGGCCAGUGCUGGUUCGGGUUGGCAUGGACUACAAGUUUACUCGUCUCGCUGUGGACCGGGUCGAGGCAGUGGACGGACAAUAUGAUGUGAUGUUUAUUGGAACUGACACUGGGUUGGUCCUGAAAUCUAUCUAUUCUCCUAAAGAAAACCAUGAGGUGGAAGAGAUAGUUCUGGAAGAGCUAGAGGUUUUCCAGGACAAAGCACCAAUCACAUCAAUGAAGCUGUCGAAGAAGCGGCAGUGGCUGUAUUUAGGUUCAAAGAGUGGCUUGGCCCAGGUGUCCUUGUACCAGUGCGAUUUGUACGGCAAAGGUUGUGCGGAAUGCUGCCUGGCACGAGACCCUUACUGCACCUGGAACGGAAGCUCUUGCAGCACCUACUUGCCCAGCACACGCAGAAGACUCACUCGCCAGGUCACUCUGAAUGGAGACCCUCUGACCCAGUGCUUCAACAAGGGAGGGGCCAUGUACACUUGGACUGAAGAAAAGGUAUUGUUCGUUGUUGAGGGAAACAGCACGUAUUUGGAAUGCAUUCCCAAAUCUCGGCUUGCAACAGUCACGUGGUUCCUAGAACAAACCGAAAAGAAUGGGCUGCUGCAGGAGGUUACCUUUGGGGACCGGAUAAUUCCAAUUGAGCAAGGUUUGCUGAUUCGUCAAAUCAAUCAUCAUGAUGCUGGUGUCUAUCAUUGCCAAAUUGAGGACCAUGGUUUGCGCUGGACACUAACGAAGGUGCGACUCAAUGUGGUUACUGCUGACCUGCUUGCAAAUCUAUACGAAGGUGAUGGACGUUCAGCUGGCCCCAUGAAAGACUGGUCUCUUCCAGGCCCCGGUCACGGCAUUCAGCCCUGGUACAAGAACAUCAUGAGCCUCAUCAAUUACCCAUCCAAGAUGGACUUUUACUGUGAGCAGGUCUGGCAGAAAGACUUCAAGAAGAAACGGAACAGAUUACGUUCAGGCAAAAAGCACCGCAGCGUGGAGCCCAUGAGGAAAAGCAAAGCUACGGUGGGAGGCAGACGGAACAGGAACAAACAGCACAAGUUACAGCGAUCUCCCCGCAGCACCUAAAUGUUGGUUGACAGACAUUUCUCCAGAGUAAUAGGAGACUCAACAGCCUCAUAACCCUUUGGACUCUGAUAAGUUCAAAGUCUUUGCUUGCAGCACCACCUUUGACUUGCUUUUGGCCGAGGGCAAAUGUUUAAUUCUCCAUCUGUACUUUUUCAUGGAAGUGGGAGAGAUUUCCAAUCUGUAUUUGAAACAGAUUGACAUAAGAUAGUUCCCAGCUGACUGUACUUUCUAAACAGAAAUCAUUUAUGUAGGGCCUUUAAAUAUCAUAGAAUCUGGUUAUCUACAUGUGAGUCUAUAGAUCAGAAGAGCUUAUGGCAGUGAGGAAUACCACAAAAUAUUUCUACUAUGUUAAGGGGAACUGAUUCCAAUAGAUUUAUACCACAACUCUAAAUAUUUAGCUGUUGUGAAAUCUGUGAAGUUCAAAUUUAAACAGAGAAAAUGUCUUGACUAUGUCAAAAUCCAUGCAAUGUAGAGGACCUCUACCUUAAGGCUCUUGCAGUGGAAGAACUAAAGAAUGAGAAGUUAAAUCUGGCAUUCCUUUAGCCAGAGGGUGGUGAAUCUGUGGAAUCCAUUGCCAUGGAUCACUGUGGAGGUCAAGUCAUUGGGUAUAUUUAAAGUGGAGGUUGAUAGGUUCUUGAUUUGUAAGGGCAUCAAAGGUUACGGGGAGAAGGCAAGGGAAUGGGUUGACUGAAUAGUGGCACAGACAUUGAGCCCAAUGGCCUAAUUCAGCUCAUAUGUCUUAUCAUCUUAUUAGGAUUUUCUCCAUGACUCACUGGGGUUAGUUAAUGGGAUGCAGAACCAUACUUUCAAUUCUUGGUUUCGACUGAGUGAGCAGACCUGAAUGCAUGGUAAUUGCUGGAAACAUUGAAGCUGACCACAAGAAUGCAAGGCCAGGACUGGGUGAAACCAACCUGAUAUCUAAUCACUGUCCAAUGAUCCCCGGUUAAAAAUGGUGUGGAGUGAAUGUGAAAGUCAGGAUUAGGCUUCAUAAUACAAUGUUAGUCAUGAAAGCUCGCAAUGAAGACAGCAGCAACAAAUGCUGGUGCAAAGAUCUAUGGGCCUAUCUCCAAACAAAUAGACUGGGAAUAUAAAGAAAAUUGUUAUGAAAAAAUCCAAACAUUACUCUGAAAAUAAACUAGUAUAAGCCAGAAUUAGUUUGGCUAAUUUAGGGACAAAAUAAAUUUACAUUGAUGUACAAGAUGCCUAUUUGACAUUCGUAAAACAUUUAUGCAAACUUACAAGAACUUCAUUUGGAUUGUUUUCUUGGAACAGUUCUCUGAAUAGUUGCUCAUAUUGGGGAGUUAUGGGGAUGCCUUUUCUGACCGAGUCCCAGGCAAGAUGUGUGACCUAUUGUAAAAUCACCAGUAACAUAUCUAAAUGUACUUUCUUGGAGUUUGUGAUUUAACUGCACUGGAUUCUACCCGAUUCAAUAUUAUAAACCCCAUACCUUUCCCUUACACCCACCCCUCUCCUAACUGUUAAUUCCCAUGUUGAUUUAUUGCAACACAAUACAAGAUGGUAUUGAUACAAAAACUAUCUGUGGAAUUUGUGGCCAUGAGCGGCUUUGGAGGUCAAGUCAUUGGGUGUAUUUAAGGCUGAGAUAGAUAGAUUCUUGAUUAGCCAGGGCAUCAAAAGGAUACGAGGUGAAAGCAGGGGAGUGGGUAUGACUGGAGGAAUUGGAUGAGCCCAUGGUUGAAUGGUGGAGCAGAUUCGAUGGGCAAAAUGGCCUACUUCUGCUCCUAUAUCUUAUGGUCUUAUGGCAUGGGUGCUGGAAAUAUAAAAGAAACCAGAAAAUCCUGGAAAUACUCAGGCAGUCAGGCUGCAUUUGCAGAGAGAAAUACUCAGUGAGUCCAGUUUUAUUGGAGCAGGUGACCCCCUUUGUUAUCCACAGUUAUGCAUUUAGAAUGAAGUUCCUAUUGCCAAAUUCCAGUGACUGUAACCAGAGAUAUGAUUAUAGAGUGUAGAGCAUGCCUUUCAGACCAUUUAGUUCAUGCUGCCCUGUUACUUUGCCUAGUCCCAUUGAAUUACAUCCAGUCCAUAGCCUUCCAUACCUCUCCCUCCCAUCUACUCAUCCAGAUUUCUCUUAAGUAUUGAAAUUGGACCCACAUGCACAACUUCAGCUGGUAGUUUGGUCCACACUUACACCACCCUCUGAGUGAAGGAGAUUCCCCCCCCCCUUAGAUUCCCCUUAAUUAUUUCAUCUUUCACCCUCAACCUAUGACUUCUAAUUAGGUAUUAGGUGUAAGAAAUAAGGAUCAGGGGGUGGGGUAGGUGGUCUGAGGCUGUGAGGACUCCGAAAAUGUGAAGUAAGGGAUGGAACACAUUGGAACAAGUUGGCUUUGGGAGCAGCAGCGGCUCCGUGAUUUUGCCUUUGGAUGUGAUACAGAGGCUAGAUACAGUUGAGUUGGAGCUGGGCUCUGCUCCAGGAUCACUCAGUAUCCUGUCAGUCCGAAUCAGAAUCAGAUUUAAUAUCACUGGCAUAUGUCACGAAAUUUGUUGCUUUGCAGCUGCAGUAUGGGACAAUCCAUAAUAAUAGAAAAAGCUACAAAUUGCAGUAAGAAUAUAUAUAUAAAUUAUUUAAUUAAGUAUUGCAAACAGAGAGCAUAAAUUGGAAGUUAAGUAGUGAGGUAGUGUAGAUGGAUUCAUUUUCCAUUCAAAAAUCUGAGGCAGAGGGGAAGAAACUAUUCCUAAAACAUUGAGUAUGUGUCUUGAGGCUCCUGUACCUCCUCCUUGAUGGUAGUAAUGAGAAGAGGGCAUGUCCUGAGUGAUAGGUGUCCUCAGUGAAGGAUGUCCCUUUUUGAGGCAUCACCUUUUGAAGGUGUCCUCGAUGCUGGGAAGGCUGAUGCCCAUAAUGGAACUGGCUGAGUUUACAAUUUUCAGCAGAUUUUUCUGAUCCUGUGCAGUGGCCCCUCCAGACCAGACGAUGAUACAACCAGUCAGCAACUUCUCCACAGUACAUCUGUAGAAAUUUACUAGAGUCUUUGGUGAUAUACCAAGUCUCCUCAAAUUCCUAAUGAAAUAUAGCUACUGGCAUGCCUUCUUUGUAAUUGCAUCAAUAUGUUAGGCCCAGGAUAGAUCUUCAGAGAUGUUGACACGCAGGAACUUGAAAGUGCUCAAGUUCCACAGUCCACAGUCAAUUCCUUGGUCUUUCUGAUGUUGAGUCCAAGGUUGCUGUUACCACUCAACCAGCUGACCUGCCUCACUCACUCCAUCAUCUGAAACUCUGUCGACAAUAGUUGUAUCAUCGGCAAAUUUUCAGGUGAUGGUUUUUGAGUUGUGCCAGGCCUCACAGUCAUGAGUAACGAAAGAGUAGAGCAGUGAGCCAAAUACACAUCCUUGAGGUGUUGAUUGUCAGUGAGGAGGAGAUAUUAUUUAGAGUCAACACUAACUGUGGUCUCCCAAUGAGAAAGUCAAGGAUACAGUUGCAGAUGGAGGUACAGAGGCUCUGGUUUCAGAGUUUGUUGUCCAAGUAUGAAUUUAUUGCACUGACAAAAAUAAAAAAUCAAGGAGGGGUGUUGUGGGGGUUGUUUUACAUUUGGUGAAGUGAUCUUAUUGUUACUUCAUUCUGGUUUCAGAAGAUAAUCAUUAUGGUAUUUUGAAGAAAUGGCAAUAUUAUGCCCAGGUCAGGACAAUGUGUCUUGGAGGUAGUGGUGUUUUGCUGAUAAUUGCUAUCUUUUUCUAAUGCUUGUAAAUUCCCAUUCCUCUUUCCUUAUUUCCCUAUACUCCUGAAAUGUGUUCUCUAUCAUACUAACUCCCUUUGAUUAUGAAAGGUAACUUACAGUGGCCAAUGUGCAUAUCAGGAUUUGGAUGACUUCGACAUUCCCAGGGAAAACCCACGCAGUCACAGGGAGAACGUGCAACCUCUGCAAAGACUGUGGAGAGUUAGGAUCAAACCAGGUCCCUGGAUCUAGAGGCAGCAACACUAACUCUUGCAUCAUUCUCAUCUCUCCAGUGAUGCAAGGUUUGGGAGCUGUUUUCACAUUCCAAUAGUAUAUAUUUCUCAAUUAGGUUGCAACAAAUUUAGAAUAUUCAGAGUUACUACCGGUUUAUAGACAGUGAGAAAUUACAGUUAGUGAGAAUUAAACAACUCUAUGCAGGUCCAGAGCUUUUUACUUUUUGAAUUUAUCUGUUAAUCCAACUUGAUAAUGGUAACAAAGGUUACAGAAAUAUUGUUACAGUCUUCAGAUGUUAAUAGGCCUUUGGUCAGAAGCUGCUUUAACUUAUGUAGUGAAACGCUUCAGCUUACUAUAUGACCUCAUUUACAAAGUGUAAAUGUAAAGCUAUUUAAAUCAUUAUUAUUACCUGGGUGGCAGUUUUUGUGAAAAUGGUUAAGGGCGAGGGCUCAAAAGGUGUUGGCUGCCGGGUUCCGAAGGCAUUCACUGCUUUUGUUAGUAUUAUUUAAUUUUAUUUGUGUUUUUUCUGUACAUUUGUUUUUUUUUUCUCCUUGAGAUAUGUACAUAUUUAGUUUUUGACUUCUGUUAUUAAUAAUGGCAAUGUGUCCUGCAUCUCAGCUUUGAAAUAAAAUUGAAUGAUACGCCUGC